UUGUAUCUAUGCCCUAAUGGGCUGUCAGACGUUCAUUCGUGUUCUCAGAAUGUCAUGUUCUCCAGUAUCCCCAACGCAGGGGUUCUUUUGAUCUGAGUACCUGAAUACAUCGCCAGAUAGACCUCCAAAGCCAUCGAGUCUGGCACGACAUCUACCAGAUCCAGAAACCCAUUCUCUGAACACAUCGGUCCGCGGACAUACCAGGAAUAGAACUCCUUGCAAAGCCAUCUGAAAUUACGGCCGCCAUGCAUAUCGAACUCCUACCAUCCGAGCUGGUCACAGACAUCUUCCUCGCCCUGCCUACCAUCUCCUCCGUCAUCGCCCUCUCUUCGACCUGUCACCGUUUCCGUCAAGUCUUCACAUCCUCCAAAAGACUCCUCAUCCUAUCUCAAGCAGCCGAGAACGAAUUUGGCCCUACACAAGACAUCAUCCAGAUGGUCACCCACAACGCCUCCCAACCCGCUCACCUUCGUCGCACUGUUUCUCUCUCGUUCGCGCUGAUUCGCUCCAUCGUAAAAGUCGGUCGUGUUGCUACAAAAUGGGAGGCUGUAUAUCCCUCCAAGAAGUGGAAGUCAGACUUUGAGAAUAGAAGGUCCAUUUCCGAUGACGAGCGAUUGCGUCUGAGACGAGCAUUAUACCGCCUCUGGCUCUUCUCUCGAGCCUUCCAUGACGGCACGACUUUGCGGUGGAUGCGAAGUAUACCUACACUGCAGCACGAGCGUACAUUGCUGUUGCGAAACUUCAACUCGGUUGAGUUGGCCGAGAUGCUGGACGUCCACAACAUGCUGCGGGAUACCAUCAGCAACAACAUUUGCCCUUCGAAUGGUACUGUAAACCGCAAGUUCCAGAAGCGCUUCCCAAACUCGAACCACCAACUCAUCUUCAAUACUCAUCUCAACUUUCCACCGCCAUCAUCAUUCGUGCCAGACGGUGCUUACCACUGCUCGGACGUCGCAGCAUCGAAAUGGCACAACAAGUACGUCCCCACCGCCAACCACGAGCCAGGCGCCGAGGGCUGGGGCGACGACAUCCUACACUACUACGUCAUUGAGGACAUGUUGAAGCUCGAUCCAGAGCAACUCAUGUUCCUAAAGGAGAAUGCACCCUUCAAAAGGCAAGUCGAGGAUUACAUCAGAAGCCAAGGCGACUGGUUCGACAACAAUGGCGAGACUUUUGUCCAAACAUUGCAGCAGGUGAUCCAUGAUCGCGGUCAAGAAAUGGAUGAAUUGAAAGAUGCGAUUGAAGAUGGAGAGUUGGGUGUUGCACUGAAGGAGAGAGUGGUAUGAGCGCAGAGAGGUUUGUAGAGAUUGUGGACAAUACUAAGCUUCGUGGUCCAUCCCUGCGAUCAAUUCCUCUACACGCUCAGUGACUCUGCCUGCGAGCAUCCAUCAAGCAGUGUACGCAACCUCU